AUGGAAAAUUUUCACAAGUUAGAAAAAAUUGGGGAAGGAACCUAUGGCAAAGUUUACAAAGCAUGUAAUAAGAUUACUGGUCAAACAGUUGCUUUAAAAAAGAUUCGCUUAGAUAGUGAUAAAGAAGGCGUUCCCAGUACCACACUGAGGGAAAUCUCUAUCCUUCGGUCUCUAAAUCAUUCAUUUGUAGUCAGGCUAUACGAUGUGGUCCAUAGUGAUCAAUGUCUGUAUUUGGUAUUCGAAUAUCUUGAUCACGAUUUAAAACAUUACCUAGAUCACGCUUAUAAAAUACCUCCGGCGUUGUUAAAGAGUUACCUGUAUCAGAUGUUGCGUGCGAUCUCAUAUUGUCAUUCAAGACGAGUGUUACAUCGCGAUCUGAAACCUCAAAAUUUAUUAAUUGAUUCAACGGGUACACUGAAACUAGCUGAUUUCGGUUUGGCUCGUAUAUUUGGACUACCAGUUCGACAAUACACUCAUGAAGUCAUAACUUUGUGGUAUAGAGCGCCUGAAAUAUUACUAGGAAGCACUUAUUACUCUACUCCUGUAGAUAUUUGGAGCAUUGGAUGCAUCUUUGUAGAAAUGAUUAAUAGAAGACCACUUUUCGCUGGAGAUUCCGAAAUUGAUCAGUUGUUUAGAGUAUUCAGAACCUUAGGCACGCCUGAUGAAAUUACUUGGCCAGGUGUCUCGGAAAUGUCAGAUUAUAAGUCAACGUUUCCUAAAUGGCCGUCAAGGGAUUUAAAUUCGGUUAUUUAUAGCCAUGAUGAAGAUUGCGUCGAUCUAAUUAAGCAAAUGUUGGUUUAUGAACCGAACGGAAGAAUAUCGGCAAGAUUAGCGUUACAGCAUCCCUAUUUCAGAGAUGUUCUUUCACCUGAUAAUGGUUCAGUGACAGAGCUAAUUCGAUUAUAUCAGAAAUCUUUAAGCAAAUGA